AUGAAAUCUGUAUACAAUGCCACUGAUCUUCCAUUAAAAGAAGAGUAUGACUAUAUAAUAGUGGGAGGUGGUACAGCAGGCUGUCCUUUGGUUGCAAGUUUAUCAGCAAACUACUCGGUUCUUGUCCUUGAAAGGGAUGGUGUUGCGAAUGUUAGAGGAAGAGUCCUUGGUGGGAGCAGCAUGAUCAAUGGGGGAUUCUACUCCAAAGCUGAUGGCCAAUUCUAUAAUGAAUCUGGCAUUCAUUGGGACAUGGACGAGGUUGAGGAGGCAUAUCAGUGGGUGGAAGACACUAUUGUUUUCCAACCAAAUCUUUUGGUUUGGCAAUCUAUUGUCAGAGAAGCUUUAUUGGAAGCACGAGUUGGUCCUGGCAAUGGAUUCAGUCUGCAACACUUAGUGGGAACCAAAACUUCUGGUUCAACCUUCGAUAAUGAGGGAAAGAGACAUGGAGCUGUGGAACUUCUUAAAAAAGGCGAAUUGAAGAACUUGAAAGUGGCAGUUGAGGCCUAG